UUGGAAAAUUAGCAAAGGACUGUGCAAAAGUUUUCUCUGAAGGGGUAUUUGUUGAGCACUGACUAUGAAGAGAACAAAACAGAAGCCUCUGCCAGUCACUUGUAUGGGUUCUACAGAUGGAUGAUAUACUAUUCUUAGUCCCAAGGAUCUUAAAGAGUUUUAAGGGCGUUAAAAACAAUUUAAAAAGUUUAUAAAUAACACACAAAGUAAAAAAUAAUCAAAAUGCUGCAUUGGAGAGUUCAAAGGAAAAAAGAAUUAUUUUUCUGGGAGAGGGACAAAAAUCUAAGCUAGACCUCACAAGGAGGAAGCAUUUAUAGCCCAGACUUUAAAAGAUAGAUAGGGUCAGAUAUUUGCAAAAAAGAAAAAUGCUACUCAUUAUUAGUGGGGCCUCGGAAUAAGCAUAGAGUGUAUGUGGAAGAGCAGUAGGUAUAUAAAAGAAUCCCAUAUAUGUAGUAUUGAAUGGAAGUAUAUGGAGAUAAAACAGGCAAGGUCAGUUGGGAUGAGAUCACUGAGCGCCUUUAAUGAAGUUUAUGUAUAUAUAUUCAAAUAUAAGUUUAUGUUUACAAAUAUAAUACAUUUUUCUUGUGAAUGCUGAUGUUCAGCUUUUAGUGAUUUAUUCCCUUUAUUUGAAAUCUUUUCUCUAUCAUAAAUACUUCUAAAAAAGUUUAGAUUAUACCAAAAAAAAAAAAAGAAAAACAUGCAUUUGUACCUCUAACACUUGCAUUUAAUGUAUUUCCUUUCAUAUAAUAUUUAUGUUUAAGACAUUUUAAAGUUAAAUAGACAAUAACAUAGGUAGGUUAUUUUUUGUGGUUUUAAGAGAAUCUAGAACUGGUAAGCCUCACUACUUCUGUUUAUCUUCCUGUGUUUGAUUAAACUUUAAAUCUUUGACUAAAAUCUUAAUUUUUCAUUUAAAUCAGGACUUAUUAGUCUGAGGUAAAUUGAAAGCAUUGCAUAUUUUUUAGUUUGUAAAAAUAAUUUAUUCCAGAAGCAAUCUUACUGUUUAUUUUAGUGCCCUUUAAAAUUGCCUAAAACAUGGUAGAGACAGAGUGAGAAGGAACAUUUUCUCCCAUUUAACUAUGAAGAUUUGUGGUUAUUUAGCAUUAUCAGCAUAGACAUAAUUGUGUUGGCAAUCACCUGAAGAAAAAAAUGCAGAAAUUUGCAGAGCUAAGAUACCUGAAUAGGGCCAGAGAUUUUAGAAAGGCAAUAUAUGAUCCUUCCAUUGACUCACAGACUCUUUAUGGAGGGCCUACUAUGUGCCAAAUCCUGUAAAUACACAGCAGACCCCCAUCUUAGCCUAGUUAAUGGGUCCAAGUAGAGAAUCCUGGGAAUUGACACAAGACCCUGUAUGUGCAAAGCUGAAGUCUUCUAUACAGAAGACUUCCACUUGGUAAGAGAUUAAGAUUAUUGAAGGAAGCUGCCAAAAGUCCAGGAAUUUUUAUGUAUUUUAAGAAUUGGGUGAUAAAAUUAGAGGAGUAAGAUAAUAAAAUAUAUAUAAUGCAGCAAGACAGAACUUGUUAGGUGUGUAUGUUUCAGUAUUUGGAAAAUAAGAUUUAACUAUAGAGUGAAAUAGGCAGGAAUAAAUGGAGAAUGACUUCUUAGUACUAUUAUAAACCUAAGUAGAAAGGAAAAAUCUCUGUUCUUAUUAGUUUAUAAACAGAAAUUUCUUAUAUUUCAUACCCUGAAUUUAUAGGCACAUAUGUUAGCUUUGUAACCAUGUGGAAUUUUUGUACUGAGACAUCUUUCUCAAUGUAGCCUCUCAAUUCUGAGAUUGUUUCACUUAAAUUCCAUUCAUGAUACUGUUUGAUCACCUGUUUUCCCUUUAUUGUGUUUAUUUGUGCAAACUUACAUAAAUUGAGAUAAACAUUGACUUUUGAAGUUCCACUAAAUAAAAAUUUUCUAAGUGAUUUAGUUGGUGUUUUCCUGGUUCACAAAGUGGGACAUUACACCAUCCCACUGUUGAUACCCUUUAAGAGGAGGUGGUAGGCUCAGUCUUACAUUCAGAAAGCAUUAAACAAGUUAAGCUAACCAGUUUCCAAUUUAUAGCAAUGAUUCCUGUUUUUAAAUAAUAAAAAGUAAGGAUUUAUGUGUCAUUCUCAAUUGUAGAUAUUUUGAUAAUGAAACCUUUUUCUUUUUCUUUUUUUCUUUUUUUUAUGUAGGACACCAUUGCAGUGGCUGGAUUUAUUGUUUUGUCUUCCUCUACAAGCAAAGAUGGUGAACAUAGCUUAUUUUUGAAAGCAUAUGAGGACUUCAAAUCAACUGUUUAUGUAAAUGUGAAACUUUUAGUCUCUACUCAUGUUAGUGGUUUUAAUGAGAUAAGGUGUUGGAAUAGAAGUAUUUCUGUAAAUCUACAGGCAAACUAGUCUGAAUUAAUUUAAUAUUUUAAGUUUUACAAAUAGAAAAUUUUUUCUUGGCUUUAUAUUUAGAUGACUUCAGGUAGAAAAGAAAAAUCCCUUAAAGAUAGUUGUUUAUUGAUGAAAAUUUUAAAACUCCAGACACUCCAGUCCUUAUCUUAUUCUUUGCAAUGAUACUCUCAGCCUCUUUUGAUGAUCUAUUUGGUUUCACUUUAAAUUGAUCAAGUAUCCCUUUUCAGGUAAAACUGAUUUCCUCCUAUUUUAUUCUUUAUGAAGUUGCUCAUUCUUUUUCUCUUCACCUUUCCCCUACUCCAGUCCCACCCUCCACCCCUAACAAACACAUUUGGAGAUUCUCUCUGUUUGAAGAAGGCUGUCAAGUAGAGUUGGGUCAAGCCAUGUGCUUAUAGGCCAACAUCUGCCUGUUUUUUUGUAGUAUGCACAAGGGCAUCACUGGGCCAGGGGCUGUCCUAUGAUAUUAAAGUUAAUGAAUUAGACGGAAGCUUAGCUUAGACAACUUUGCACAUGGCACUCUUAAUUUGUAAGCCAUAACUUUAUGUCACUCUGAUGACUUUGAAUAUUACAUACAGUUAAAUGUGUAGUUUCACUACAAUUAAAGGUCUGUAGUCACACGGGAAGUUGUUUGUGUACAAAUAAGCCCUUUCUGGUUUUUUUUUCAGGUUUAUGUUAAAUCUGUAAUAGAUUUUUCUACAGAGUCAAUGUCCUUGGUUCCAGCAACACGUUAUGUAUAUACACCCCUGAAUGAACUCAAAGGUGGCAUGAUCGUCAAUGUCUAUGGUGUUGUGAAGUUCUUUAAGCCUCCAUAUCUAAGCAAAGGAACUGAUUAUUGUUCUGUUGUUACCAUUGUGGACCAGACAAAUGUAAAGUUAACCUGCCUGCUCUUUAGUGGAAAUUAUGAAAGCCUCCCAAUAAUCUAUAAAAGUGGAGACAUUGUGCGCUUUCACAGGCUGAAGAUCCAGGUAUAUAAAAAUGAGACUCAAGGUAUCACCAGCUCUGGUUUUGCGUCUUUGACAUUUGAGGGAACUUUGGGAGCUCCUAUUAUCCCUCGUACUUCAAACAAGUACUUUAACUUCACAACUGAGGACCACAAAAUGGUAGAAACCUUACGUGCUUGGGCAUCUAUUCAUAUUUCACCUUCUUCGACAUUAGUAAAAUUGUGUGAUGUUCAGCCGAUGCAGUAUUUUGACCUGACUUGUCAGCUCUUGGGCAAAGCUGAAGUGGAUGGAGCAUCAUUUCUUCUAAAGGUGUGGGAUGGCACCAGGACCCCGUAUCCAUCUUGGAGAGUCUUAGUACAAGACCUUGUUGUUCAUGGUGAUUUAAGUGACAUCCAUCGGCUGCAGAACCUGUCAGUAGACAUUUUAGUCUAUGAUAAUCAUGUUCAAGUGGCAAAAUCUCUGAAGGUUGGAAGCUUUCUUAGAAUUUAUAGCCUCCAUACCAAACUUCAGUCAGUGAAUUCGGAGAGCCAAGCAGCAUUAUUAGCUCUAGAGUUUCAUCUCCAUGGAGGUACCAGUUAUGGUCGGGGAAUCAGAGUCUUACCAGAAAGCAAUUCUGAUGUGGAUCAACUGAAAAAGGUUUUAGAAAGUGCAAGUUUGACAGCCAAUCAACAUUCAGAUGGUAUAUGUCAAUCAGAGUGUGAGGACAGCUUUCCAACAAGCUCUGGAUCAGUAUCACUGUAUGAGGUAGAAAGAUGUCAGCAACUGUCAGCUACAAUACUUACAGAUCAUCAAUAUUUGGAGAACACCCCACUAUGUGCUAUUUUGAAACAAAAAGCUCCUCAACGAUAUCGCAUUCGAGCAAAAUUGAGGUCUUAUAAGCCCAGAAGACUCUUUCAGUCUGUUAAACUUUAUUGUCCUAACUGUCAUUCAAUGCAGGAAGUUCUACAUGAAGGUGAUUUGGAUCGAAUUUUGCAAGAGAGUGCAACUAAAACUCCCGAUGCCAAACUACACAAUACAGUAUUAUAUGAUUCGAAAGUCUGGACCACUAAAGAUCAGGGAGAGCGAAAAGUAGCUGUUCAUUUUGUGAAAAAUAAUGGUAUUCUCCCACUUUCAAAUGACUGUCUGAUUUUGAUAGAAGGAGGUACACUAAGUGAAAUCUACAAACUUGCAAACAAGUUUCAUAGUGUGAUUCCUGUGAGAUCUGGCCAUGAAGACCUGGAACUUCUUGACCUUUCAGCACCGUUCCUUAUACAAGGAAAAAUACAUCACUAUGGGUGUAAAAAGUGUUCUAGUUUGAAACCAAUACAAAAUCUAAAUAAUCUGGUUGAUAAAACAUCAUGGAUCCCUUCUUCUGUGGCAGAAGUACUGGGCAUUGUACCCCUUCGGCAUGUGUUUGUGAUGACAUUUACUCUUGAUGAUGGAACAGGAGUAUUGGAUGCUUAUCUCAUGGAUUCUGACAAAUUCUUCCAUAUUCCAGCAUCAGAAAUCCUAACCAAUGAUUACCUUCAGGAAAGUAUGGAUAUGAUCAUGAAUAUGCUCUGUCCUCUAGGAAUAAAAAUUGAUACAUAUCCGUGGUUGGAAUGCUUCAUCAAGUCCUACAAUGUCACAAGUGGAACGGAGCAGCAGAUUUGCUAUCAGAUUUUUGACACCACAGUUGCAGAUGAUGUCAUCUAAUAUUGACAUUCCACGUAACAUAUGUAAAAUAUUGUAAUUUUUGAAAACAUUACUGUUUUCUAUGAGAUUGCUAUAAAACAUGCAAAAGACUUAGCUCAGUUGUUUAUUUUUCAUUUUAACCACUAUUUAAUUUUUUUUAAACAGACAUUGUGUUAUCUUAACCUCUUCUGAGUAAAUUAAAAAUGUUCCUGUUGCUCAGAAAUACCCAGUAUGAUCGCUUCUAGGGUUAUGAAAGAGAGAGACAUUGAAUGAAGAAUGACUUUUCAUGUACUCGCCGUAGUCCUCUUGGAGGAGCUAUUUUCUUACCCUGCAGUAAAAAUCAUUUUCCCUGUUGGGUUGCCACUGAUUUCCCUGCCAUCCACCAUCCCUGGUUGGGCUUUUCCUUGCCUAGAGUUUUAUAUCAGCAGUGUUGAUGAUUUUAGCCUGACUAUGGGCUUAGAAGAUAUCCUUGCCUUAGAGCACUGAGUUUUGACUGAGUGCCAGGUAUGUAGUGGGUAGUGAUUUUGUUUUGUUUCAGUUUUGUACAAAGGGAUCUGCUUAAACAAAUACUCAAAGAAAUGCUUGUUCGAGUGAGCAACAGUGUACUUUAAAGAGUGGUUUUACUGUAAGCAAAAGUGGUAGAAUUGCUUUUCUUGGGUGCUGAUAUUGACUCAUGUAGGAUAAAUCCAUUUUUAGACCAGAAUUAUUGAUUGCUUAUUUCUCUACAUGACAUUGGAAGUCAUUCCUUUUUCCAUUCCACCUCAACUUAAUAAAGUGCUCAGAUUCACAGUGUUAGCGACUUACUGAGAAUACCCUUUUUUAAUAGUCUUAUAUAAAAUAUAUUUCAGGUUGAACAUUAAAUGAGGUGUUAACUCAG